UGCAAUCAUCGCGUGCGCGCGCGCGCGUGUCAUCGUCGCGACGAGGACGAGCUCGUAUCGCGCGAAAGUGCGCGACAGAAAAUCCGCGGUUACUUCGGCGGAAUCUUUGACAAGGCAUUGUUGUGUUCGCUCGAGUAGCGUGUAUUUUCUCGGACUGUCGUAGACUCGAGGGAGAAAUUUCGCGAUGCUCGCGGAAGGUGCUCGCGUUCCCUCCCCCCCCCUCCCCCGCGACCUUGCGAAUGAUUAAAACUCGAUUCGAUUCGGAAGAGCGAGAUUCUUCGCUGGUAACAGCUGAUAAAUAAAUACCGGUGUUUAAUCUGGACAGUUGCUGGUUGCAGAUCAGCGCUACCGUAUCCGGUUCUACGCGUUCUUUAAGACACUGCAUUCCCCGUUGAAAAGAGAGAACAUUUUCGUGUAAUCCGACAUGAAGCUAUCCGCCGCCGCUCCGUUUUGCGAACAAGUCAGCGAACUCACACGCUUGUUCUCCCAAUGGAACGAGUGCGAACAGACCGUCGUUCUCUAUGCGCUGCUGCGUCGUAUGCCCGCGGUGCAGGCAAGAUUCCUGGCAGAGGCGGUACAGCACACUUUGCAUUCUGUGUCGCAGCUGGACACGCAGGAACUGAACGCCAAUAAUUCAGCUUUCAUUAGCGGACUGAUGACAGAAUCAACAGAGGUUGCAAUCCGUGAGCUGCUGGUGCAUCUGCCAUUGCUGAAACCUGGGAAUAUAGAUUGCAAGGAAGCCUACUUAGCUGCGAUACCAGAAUUAAUAAACCACUGCGUAAGCACUGGACAGUUCACACAUCAGGUGCAGCAGCUCUUAAGCUACACUCUGAUACAUCCGGCCGUAACCUGUCAGGACAGACGUGCUUUAGGUCAUUGGCUCCACAAUCUGGAGGACCGCAUUCGUAAUACACCGACGAUUCAAUCUAUGGAGGAAUACGCAAACCAUACAUCAGCGCCUAGGUGGGACAAUACAUGGUCACGAAAGCUAACCGACAUAUUCAAUACGAAUUUGAAUGGAACCAUGUUUGGUGUGAUACCGCCGCCGCCGCCGCCGCCGCCGCCUCUACAACCACCGGCGCCAAUAAGUCGUCAACGUCGUUCGAAUAGCCUGACGCCACCGGUAGCGACGUCGCAUCAUCACGAACUCGUUGAUCGCACCAGCAAUGCGAACAAUUCGUCCAGGCACAAGCCUCGCAGUUUCAGUGUUUCCGGUGACCACGCGAGUAGUCUCAUUGGUUUGGGACCGUUGAGUCCGCAGGGAUCUUGUGCCAGUAGUGGCAGUGAAGGACGUCUUGAUGAUGCAAAUCGUUCUUUAGCGAGCGGUAUGCGAGACGUGCCGGUGUGGCUUAAGACAUUGCGCCUGCAUAAAUACAGCACGUUGUUCUCCCAGCUGAGUUAUGAGGAUAUGUUGGCAUUGACUGAGGAUAAAUUAGUGGCACAGGGUGUUACGAAGGGCGCCAGUCAUAAGUUGGAGAUCUCCAUUGGUAAGCUGAAGCAACGGUACAACACACUUGUGAAUCUGGAGAAGGAUCUGCUGCUAUCUACCGACGCACAAGCCAGCUCAUUCACGCAAGGCCCGACGAUGCUCGUUAAUGUGACGGACGAGCUCAAAACGAUCCUGACUACUCCCAUGAGACCGAGUCAGGAGAGCGAUCCGCAGGACAUCCCUCAACAGUACACCAGAGUACUGGGCAAACUGUACACCAAGUUGGCUCUGGAGAACGUAGAUGAUAAUAUCUUGUGCGCUGGCAUCAGCAUCUUCGAGAAGGUAUUGCAGCACGACUGCUUUACCACGAGUCAGAAGGACAAAGUGCAACAAUGGCGCACUAGACUCGGCAAUCCGCGACAAACUUCAAAAUGGCAACAGAACUACGGAUACAACAAUCGAAGAUACGGCAAUUCGCAGCAGCACAAUAGAAAGCCGAGCCUGAACUCGAGCAACGUUCACAGUACUCACAACACACACAACAGUCACUCCUCGUACAUGGUCAGUCCGCACAGAAAUCACAGUAUAUCGUAUUAUCAAAAUAGCUCGAAUCAGGCUAUAGCUCAUCUACGUCCUACUUCGAUCGAGAAAAGAUCAAGCUUGCAAGAGACCACCAGUUUGCAGCAAAUGCAGAAAUCGUUUUACCGUACAAAUAGCGCGCCAAGAGAUCACUUUGUGGAGCCCGAAGCUUCUGGCAGUAAUGAGACGAAACCGUCUUCGAGUCAGUCGACGGCGGAGAUCAAUGACUGCCUGGAGUCUCUCUGCUUGAGAAUGACUGAGCAAGCCCUCGACACCUUCGGCGAUACUUAAUCUUCCAUUGUCGCGUUUAUAGAACUUACGUAAAUAAGUGAGUACUGUGCGAAUAACCUCCUUUUUUUUUUUUUUUACGAAGACAGUUGUAAGAUCGUUGAAGACAUUCUGCCAAAAUUACGAGACGGUGCGUUUUCGUUAGAAAAGAAAAAAAAAGAAAGAAAAAAAGAAGAAAAAAAACGACGGUGACGGCGAAAGUAUAUGUUUCUUGUGUGUGUACUCACGAGUAUACACAUCUAUGCUUUAAUAGCUUGAACCAAAAAUGUCCGGCAUGUGCGACAUUCUUAUUAAAAAAAAAAAAAAAAA